AUGUCCAAUUUGGAAAUCACCGGACGGACAAUUAAAUACUUGGUUGUUGCCAACGCCACUGUUGCCAACGCCACCUUGGGAGGCCUCAAGUACUGUGCUUUCUCACACGUAUUGGUCGCGUACGCGGUUGACAUCGCCAUCGAUGGUUGGUGGGUCGAAAAGCGAGGACCACCGAUCACAAACCGUUCCUUCCCGCCCCUCGAGGUUACAGCAGCGCGAAGGGUAACCACCAAGAUACAUCAGCCAAACCCUCAACUACUCGAAAACAUGGAACCCAGUGGCGGAGAAUCUUCAAAAUCAUCCUCCAGGCAAGACCAGCAGCCUGAAUCGGUUCCAAGCCCAACUUCUGACCCGAUUGACAAUGAUCGCGAUGAGAUUUUGAAGAGCUACGUUCCGUAUUUACAAAUGCUAGAUGAGUCUGGGGUCAUGAAAUUCAUUGGUGAACAAGAGGCCAUCAGGCAGCUAGCCAAUCCCAGCGCCCAAGGCGAAGGACAAGGUCACAUCCGUCAUGGCGGUCUCCUCAUGCCUCAAAAGCGACACAGCCUUAAAUGGGACCCGUCAGAAUUCAUCCCAGAAAACUGUGGGUUGUUUAACCCUGAGACAAUUCUAGCUGGAUCUCAACGAGCAUGGUGCGAGGAGACCAUGCGAGUGGGCAUGAAAAUGUACCAAUCGACGUUACGAAACAGCGACGCCCACCCGUCAGACCACCUCUCAGACCAUUCUAUUGAGGUAUUACAGGCCAUGGCUCACGUUGCUACCAUUGCCGUAAAAAGCCCAGAGAAUGGAACAGAAUCAGAGGACAUUGGACGACUAGAGAGAACCUGUGCUGAAAACUUGAACACAGUAUUAAGUUAG